AUGGCCGCAUCAACUGAUUUCAAACUUAACACAACCAACGAAACUCUUCAAGUUUUUCUUCCCGACAAAAUGGAAAGCAUCUCAGACUUCAAGAAGCUCGUCUCCCUGUUUCCGCCACGUGACGCACAGAGGGACACCUACAGUGUCUUCGGCUCGAAAUUUGCUUCCAUCAUUGUUGAGGACCUCCAGGGCAAUGCUGUUGCUCCUUCUGCCAUAGAAAAGCUGGCAACGCUGCACAGAUCUAUUUUGAAACUAAGGACAUCUGAUAAUAUUUCGUUCCACAAAGUUUGUCUCCGCCAAUCCGGCAGCUGUGCGCUGCAUCCAUUGGCGUAUGCGCUCGAGGAUGAAGAACCAGUGCUCUCCGUGCAAUUUCUUCUUCGUUAUCCGAUGUUGAAGCUCGGCGAUCUCGCCAUAGAUAGUGCCCUGGUCUUCGGCGGUGUCAGCGUCAAUGAGUCGUUGUUGAUUCCGUGGAUGCCUUGGACUGCCGUGCUUUUGGUUCUCUUCUGCAUGACAGCGUGUUCUUCUAAAAACGUUGUACGAUCGCAACCCUUCAUCGGAUUUUUUGCGAUGCUCAACGCAACGAUGGCAACGAUCGCUUCAAUGGCUCUGUUGUUCUACGUUCGCUAUCCGUUUCUCCCUCUCGUUCUCAUUAUGCCAUUUCUGAUCGUUUCUAUCGGCACAGAUAAUAUGUUCUUGAUGCUGAAAAGCUGGCGACUAACGCAACAAUCUGAUGUGGAUCGAAGGUGUGAUUAUUCUGGGAAUUCUUCUGUGUCGGACGUCAUGGCCUGGUCAAAGCGACCUGAAGCUAGGUUUGUAGAAGCGCUCACGGAAACAGCGGCAUCUCUGUUUUUGACCUCGCUUACUGACGGUCUCUCCUUCUCGGUCGGCAGCAUGUCCAACUUCUACGCAGUCCGCGUUUUCUGCACUUAUUGUGCUAUGGCGAUACUCUUCAUGUUCUUCUUUCAAGUGACCUUUUUUAAUGCGGUCAUGGUUCUUUGCUGCCGGCGGGAGCUUGCAGGGAGGCACUCUUUGUUCUGCUACAAGUUGUCGGAUCCGGACAUCGUUAACGAUGUCGUCCGUGUUCGCUCGUCUACCGAUGUCGCUUGCGGUGGAGUUCUGGCUAAAAUCGUUUCGAGUGCACCGGCAAAAGUCACUAUAGUUGUCGUAUACCUUCUGUACCUUGCUGCAUCUAUUAACUACGCUCUAGGCCUCGAUCUGAAGCUGUUAGCUCCCUUCGGUUCGUAUGCAGCGAACGAACUCAGAGCGCAAGAGCGUUUGUUCUUCGACUAUGGACCGUACUGUUUCGCAGUUGUAUACCUACACAAUAGAUCACUCAGCAAUCCUGAGGAGAGAAGGAAAUUGUUGCAUCUGUACGACGCACUUUCAAGUUCGAAGUAUGCAUCAAAGGCAGAAUUUUGGCUCGAGGAGUUUGAAGCUAUUCAUGGGGGCAGGCUGCUCACCCACGACACUUUCAAAUCUGCUGUCAGCUCUCUGUUUGCGGCAACACCCAAAUUCAGGAAUGACAUAAGGUUUGAUCUCGAAGGGAAUAUCGAAGCCAUAAAGAUGUUGUUACGGAUUCGCUCGCUCGGUCCUUCACAUGACAAGCCACGGGCAGAAUUUCUUAGAACUACGAUGCGUAGUAGCAGUUUUGAUGGCUUCGUAUACGACACAAGUUUCCUGCUUGUCGAUCAGCAGCUGGCGACCGCCUCGGGUGUGAUCGUGAAUGUCAUCACCGCUACAGUUACGAUGCUUGUCAUAUGCGUCCUGAUGUCCAAUCCAUCGCGAAAUUUGCGCUUACGCUAUCGUAUCUUUGCGUAUUAUCGUAUUGUUGCGAGGAUUGGAAAGUAUGAUACCCAAACAAUCGAAAGACGGGAACAACACUACAAACCGAAGAAUAAGAGACAUUGUGAGCAACGGAAGACUCAGUUCAAACGACCAGUUGACGACGCUGGUCACUGCUGUAAAGAGCUGUAUUGCAGCUACGAAGACUCGGAUUCAGAGACCUUAGCACCAGUGUCCAGUUCGUCCAACGACGCAGGCCCUUACGGCUGUUGGAUCGACGAAAUCUUAGCUCAGACUAUUAAAAUAGUCGAAAACAUAGAAGAUAUUACUAACGUGGAUGCUCCAUUUGCUAUUAAAUCAAUCUCAUCCUGUAUCUAUGCGUCAUCAGGUAAAUUCCGUCAACCACCGUCCGCGCAGAAGCUACAGCUGCACAUCUUUUUUAGAAUGGGGUCGACAGUCGCCGUCACUGCAGCUGCUUCAGCUCCGCCUCAAGUGCCUCGUCCCAUUUCUGCCACCUGCAUUGCAAUUUCGAUUCUUUCCAUCAAUCUUGGUGUGGUAGGUGCACUUUCGGCGGUGGGCACCAGACUGGAUAUUAUCUCUAUGAUCACGAUCGUGAUGAGCAUAGGUUUCUCAGUGGACUACGUGACGCACACCACAUUCCACUUCAUAACUCAAAAGGAAGAUCGACUAAAGAAAUGUCUCACCGUAAUGGCGGAACCGAUUCUUCAGUCAGCUCUCUCGACAAUUGUCGGGGUGUCACUGUUGGCGUUCGUUCCUUCUUACAUUGUUCGAACAUUCGUGUGGACAAUAUUUGCAGUUGUUGGCAUAGGUGUGUUCCAUGGUCUGUUGUUUGUCCCAGUGCUGCUCGAGUUGAUGGUACCAGAGACUGAGUACAUGCAACCUUACAAUAGUCUAAAACAUGAGUAA